AUGGCUUACCUCCACCCGGCAUAUGCCCUCGCCCGAAUCGCAGGCACUGCGUCUGCCAUUGAGCUGGACAUCAAGAUGAGCUCCAUCAAAGGUGCGGCCGCGACCGCCGCAUUCAACACCGUGCAGCACUACAACGGCAACGAAACCGGAGAAAUCCCCGGCAGUAUCCCCGACCCGUGGAUCGAGGAGGCCAGGGCAUACCACCAGAUCGGCAACAACAACUACAUGCCGGCCAACUGGAGCUCAUACAUGGGCAACGGCGACCAAAUGGCCUGGGGACUUACCGCGAUGACCGCCGCAGAGCUCGACUAUCCCCAAGAUAACGACGAACCUUCAUGGUUGGCUCUUGCGGAAGGCAACGGUGGGCUGUUCCAGGUGUCUGCUCGGUUAGCUCGGUAUACCAAGAACCAGACUGCUAGCGUGCCGUUGUUAGACAACGAAACCUGGAAUAUCGCAGAUAGCACAGAUGCGGAUGAUGACUGCACCACGCAAGGAAACAAUCAUAGUGCGGCCUACAUGUACAAUCUCGUAACAAAUGGCAGUUCGGGUCUAAACGGGCUACUUGAAAUCUCGUUCGAUAGAUUCUACCCCGAGAAGUACGGCAGCUUGAUCCUUUCGGAAGCGCUUUGUGAGCCGCUUGAGGUCUGCAACAGAGAGCAGGAUCUGUACAAGGGCAUAUUCGCCUCGGACUUGACCUUUGCAAGCCUCGUCGCGCCAUAUAUGUCAUCGGGUGUCUCUUCGCGUUUGCAGGCAUUGGCGGUUGGAGCAGCGAAGCAAUGUACUGGUGGCAACAACCAGACACUCUGCGGUCGUCGUUGGUACUCAGACGAGUGGGACGGAACUGAUAAAAGAUGGGAGCAGCUCAGUGCGACCAGCAUUGUCUUCUCGAAUUUGGCGAGGUUUACUGAGAAAGACAUUACCCUAAUGGAGCACAGAACAGCCGAUAUGAGCUUCCAUGAUGCUGGUUGAAUACAGCU